CCCGGCCGCGCUCGGAGCCCGCCGCCUCCUCCGGGGACUCCGCAGUCACCCGUCCUGGGGCAGCCCCGCCAUGGAGCCGCUGCCGCCGGGGGAAGUCAGUGUCCAAGAUGAGGCUGUGGACAAAAGCACCUUUAAGGAAUGCAACCAGAUUGCUUUUUACAGGCGUCAGAAACUUCUACGUCCUGGAAAAUCCUUGUAUCGAGCCUUGUUGGACUCAGUCACUUUAAACGAUGAGAGUGUCAAGUUCCACAUUCUUCACGAGGAGAAUAAGGCUCCUCUACAAGUAGAAAUUUGUGAGAUACAAGGCAAUAUCUUUAGGCUUAGAAUUGAUGAGGCAUCUCCUCUCAGAGCAAGAUACAAAGUUCCUGAUGUUCUUGUAAAGGAGCCUGCCACUCAGAGGCUCUUCAUAUCUCAGAAAGAGGCAGGUGUUUUGUCACUGUCAAGUGUUAAUGAAGACUACAAACUUCAAGUCACAGCAAACCCCUUCCAGGUUGAGCUACAGUCCAAGGGUGAGACUGUUCUGAGCAUGAAUUCCAAUGGGUUGUUAUAUUUUGAGCACCUACAACCACCUCCUAGUGAUAGAAAACCUGCAGCAGAAAAAGAGGAGGUGGAUUCUUCUAAGGGGAAACAAGAGGAUUUAGGUCUCUGGCAAGAGAAAUUUGGCAGUUUCUUAGACAUCAAAGCUCAUGGUCCUACUUCUGUAGGCGUGGACUUCUCUUUACAUGGAUUUGACCACGUUUAUGGAUUACCACAACGUACAGAAGCACUUCUUCUCAAAAACACCAGUGAUGGUGAUGCCUACAGACUUUAUAAUUUGGACAUCUUCGGGCACAAGAUACACAACAAAACAGGCAUUUAUGGUUCAGUGCCUCUUCUCUUGGCACACAAGCCCAACAGGACAUCAGGGAUCUUCUGGCUGAACUCUUCAGAAACGCUGGUGGACAUUACUACAAAGGCAGUAGCUGAGCACGUGCCAUGCAGACCUGCUGCAGAGGCUGCUAAGCAGAGAGCAGUGCCCCUGACUGACGUGCGCUGGAUGUCCGAGAGCGGCAUCAUCGAUGUUUUCCUGCUGAUGGGACCCACUGCAUUUGAUACCUUCAAGCAGUUUGCACAACUGACAGGCACCCAAGCCUUGCCCCCUCUUUUUUCUCUGGGCUACCAUCAGUGCCGGUGGAAUUACGAGGAUGAGCAAGAUGUCAAGGCAGUAGAUGCUGGCUUUGAUGAACAUGACAUUCCUUAUGAUGUGAUAUGGCUGGACAUAGAGCAUACAGAUGGCAAGAGGUAUUUUACUUGGGACAAAAAGAAAUUCCAGAACCCCAGAAAGCUGCAAGAACAUCUCAGGAAAAAGAAACGCAAGCUUGUUGUCAUCAUAGAUCCCCACAUUAAGGUUGAUCCCAUGUACACCCUGUAUUCCCAGGCAAAAGACAAGGGCUACUUUGUCAAAGACAGGAAUGGGAAAGACUUUGAAGGCAUCUGUUGGCCAGGUGCCUCUUGUUACCUGGAUUUCACCAAUCCUCAAGUGCGAAAAUGGUACGCAGAUCAAUUUGCCUUCAAAACAUACCAGGGAUCCACUAACAUCCUCUUUGUAUGGAAUGACAUGAAUGAGCCAUCAGUGUUCAAAGGGGCAGAGCUGACGAUGCAGAAGGACGCCGUGCACUACGACAGCUGGGAGCAUCGGGAAGUGCACAACCUCUACGGCUUCUACCAGCAAAUGGCAACUGCAGAAGGACUCAUCAGACGUUCCUCAGGAAAAGAGAGGCCGUUUGUCCUCACACGAUCUUUCUUUGCUGGAUCACAGAAGUAUGGGGCAGUGUGGACUGGAGACAACACAGCAGAGUGGGAUUACCUGAAAAUAUCCAUUCCAAUGCUCCUCACCCUCAGCAUGGCAGGGAUUUCAUUCUGUGGAGCUGAUGUGGGAGGCUUCAUUGGAGAUCCAGAGCCAGAACUGCUUGUUCGCUGGUAUCAGGCUGGAGCCUACCAGCCCUUCUUCAGGGGCCACUCCAACAUGGAGAGCAAGCGGCGAGAGCCGUGGCUCUUUGGGGAGAGGAGCACCCAGCUCAUCAGGGAAGCCGUGAGAGCUCGCUACGUCCUCCUGCCGUACCUGUACACGCUGUUCCAUCGGGCACACGCCGCCGCUGAACCCGUCAUGAGGGCCCUGUGGAUAGAGUUUCCAGGGAAAAUAGAAACUUUUGCUGUGGAAAAUGAGUACAUGCUGGGAAAUGCCUUGUUGGUGCAUCCAGUCACAGAACGAGAGGCCAAAGCAGUGAGUGUUCUGCUUCCAGGGUCACAGGAGAUUUGGUAUGAUUUCAGAACAUGGAAACGACUGGACCAUACAGGCACCCUGAGGAUCCCAGUCACACUGCAGGAUAUCCCUGUAUUCCAGCGGGGAGGCACUGUGAUACCUCUGAAGACCACAGCUGGGAAAUCCACUGAAUGGAUGACAGAUACUCCUUAUGAACUCCACGUGGCCCUGGACACAGAGGCCUGUGCAACAGGGGAGCUCUACCUUGAUGAUGGGCAUUCAUUUCAGUAUCUCCACAAGAAGCAGUUCCUCUGUCGGAAAUUCACUUUCCACAAGAACAUCCUCUCUUCCAGGUGCAGAGAUGACAGUGGGCAAUUCCACACUCCCUGUGUGGUGGAGAGGGUGAUAGUUCUGGGGCUGGGACAUCAGCCCACUUCUGUGACAGCCUGUCCCAAGGAUGGGAAAGGAAAAGAAGUGGUUUUCAUGUACGACACGAAGACCUCUGCGCUGACCCUGGAACACUUAUCCCUGCCUGUGGAUGCUGACUGGGAGAUUUACAUCAGCUGAAGGAAGCAGCAACUUCUUCAGGGAAUUCAUUGAGAGGCUGAAGGGAAAGAAGGUGGGAGGACUUAAAAUGUUCCCUACUUGAAUCCAAUCAAAUCAAGGAACAACAUUUCCCACGCACAGCCUACCGUUUUUCCUUUAGAGCACUAACUGAAACUCAGAGAGCCCUUCUGUUCAGCAAAAGCAACAGCACUGGGGUUGUGUCUUUGGGGGGAAAAAGGGCUAAAUGCUGUCUGCUGCAGGCUAGCUGCAGUGAAAGAAAUCAUCCACUGAUAGGGGUGAGACUGGAGCUCAUUGACACGAAGCCCAGUGUAUUUGGGAAUCCCACUGUUGAGAGCCUGGAGUGCUUCAGAGGAGCAGAUCUGAGGCAGUUUGACAAGCAGCAUCAGUUGAUGUGAUGAUAACCUGCAAGCUGCCUUGUGAAAACAAACACAGGAGCCACACAGGGUGAUUACUGACACUUCUCCUUUCCAGUCCUUAUGGCAGUGCAAAGUUAGGCAGGCUGUAACAGGCAAGUAAGCAACAGGCUAAGCAAACAGUUCAGUCCCUGAAUGGAAGGGCUGAGGAGGUUGUGCCAGUCAGUUGUGUGAAAGUCAGUGAUGUGGGAGGGCAGAAGUCUCUCCAGUAGCUGCUUCCAAAGUGGUGUUUGGAUUUUGAGAAGGCACAGGUCUAUGUUAGUGCCAUGCUCUACGUUUUCCAUGUUGUUGCUCCCUUCUCUCUGCAAGGACUACUAUUAAUACAGUCCUUUGCAGGAAAGAAUUGGCACUUCUGAUGCUGGAGUGGCAUUGGUGAAACAGCCCAGUGAAACAACUCUGCUUAUGGAGAGCUCUGCUUCUCCACAUCUUCCAACUCUUGCCAAGGUUUGGCUUCUCUUGCACAUAUUUGAGUCAUUUUUUAGUCAGCUUUUAGUGUGUGGCUGAGAUCUGAGCUGGACAUGCUGCUGUGUGGCCUGAUCUAGGUGGGACCUGCUCUGGCAGGGGUGUUGGGCUGGAUGAUCUCUAAAGGUCCCUUCCAACCCCCACCAUGCUGUGAUUCUGUGACUGGUAUUUAUAAAGCAGCUUUUCAAUUGUAAUGGGAUUAUUUCUGCAUUUAUUCAUCCCACUUCACGCUCCUUCUCCCGUUCUCUUAAAGCUCACCCUGACAUUUCCUUGCCUCCUUUCCCCACCAUCUCUGCCAACAGAACUGGGAUGUCCUGAUGCUUUCUUCUCUUUCAAAACUAGGAGACAUCCUCAGAGUGCCACAUCCUACAUCCUGCCUUUCCCCACAGUGCUUUCCAUACCAAGCAUCUCUUUUCACAGGCUGCCAUUGCUCCAUAGCUCGAGUUGUUUGCCUUUGCUACACUUAUCAGCUAUAUUAGGAUGUCCAAUGACAGCACAAGGGGCAAAGGGACUGGAACAGAAGAGGUUACAAAGAAACACAAGGGAGAAGUUCUUCAGUGUGAGGGAGCACUGGCAGGGGCUGCUCCAUCUCUGGAGACAUUCCAGCCCAGCUGGCUGAGUUGCUGUGUGCCCUGCUCUAGGUGGUGCUGCUCUGGCAGGGGGGCUGCACUGGAUGAGCUUUGCAGCUCCCUUCCAGCCCUUCACAUUCUGUGAUUACUUUAAAAACAACUGUGCUUUGAGUCCAACUUGAACAUGCCACCAGGAGGGUUUUGUGGAUAUAAAAAGGGGGAAAAGCACUUCGUGUCUUGUAGCAAGAUAAAGGGUUCUCUACAAACACCCAUAAAUCACCUUUUAGGACAGAGAGCAGGAUGAGCACCAGCUUUGCCAACUGAAGGUAACAUACCAGUCCAUUUGUGUGUUCUUCCCUCUCUCCUUACCACGUCCUCCCUGUGCUUGGUCAGUCAUUCCCACCUGCUGCUGUUUGUCCUCUGCAGGGCACAUUUCUGGGAAGAGCAGGUGUGAGAGCAAGCUACCAGGCGCAGUUUGUUCCCCACCAGACCCUUAGCUUCCUCCCUUUUUAGUCUGCAGAGCUGUUUGUCAGCCCCUUCUAGCAGCCAGUGGGAGCCUCCAGUCCAGCACCUGGCAGCCUAAAUCCUGCAGUGCUUAAUGCACAUGUGUUAAUCCAGGUAGAACAGCAGGCAAAUAGAUCUGUCACAUCUGUGAGGAGACAGACUCUGGUUUUGAGACAGCCCCUAUUUUCCUACCAGCUUCUGAGCUUUAUUGGAUGAUUGCUUCUCAUGUUUAAGCACUGCAGUGCUCCUGACAAGAUAUCACUGGCUGCACUGUUUUCAUGAUGUGUUGUAACUGGUAUUUCUGAA